UUAUUUAAACUUAACAUGCCUUUUUUACAGGUGAUAUCUCAGUCAUCAGAAGUUUUAGAGUUUGUAAAAAAAGACAUAGAUGAGUUUACCAAAGUUGUGUCUGAAGAGGCGUCAUCAGUGGUGUCCUCAACAGCCAGCACACUCAAGGAGAAGCUCAGGCUUGAUGAAGACGACAGCACAGCAAACAACAUGAAAAAGAGUGUGAGUGGGUUCCUAAAUCACGUUGCAGAAGUUUUCACUCCUCCACCAGAUGAUGCAGACCAAGAGGCUAUUGUGAUUCGCAACCAACAACCCGUCAUAUUAAAUAGACUGCAGGCAGCCAUAUAUGCAAUAUCUCAGGAUCCAGCCACCUUUCUGACAGACCCUGAGGGAGAAGAACCACAGUACGAAGCCUGGUUGACGACCUUCGACCUGGAGUCCCGACAGACAGAGCUCUCUGACCUCCUUGUUAAUAACCAGCCUCUUAGACAUCAUUAUACCUCUCUUGUUCCAGCCCAGGUGUCUCAUGUGGUAUUUUGGCAUCACUAUUUUUAUAAAGUCCAUCGAUUAGAAGCAGCAGAAGCUCGACGACAGGAACUCAAACAACGAGCUAACAAAACUGCCGAUGACUCAGAACUGGUAUGGGAUGAAGGUAAGGAAAAGUUUUACUGCCUUUAACUUCACUUCAAAAUG